AUGGAGGACAACGUAGAAAAUGAGCAGAAGCCAACGAAGCGAAAGUGGAAUUUGGAACAACUUCGAGCCGGUGAUACUUUUCUGUCAGUGCAAGCUGCUACAAAUAAAUAUGAUUCGCAAAAAGGUAUGACUGCGCCAGGCAUGCCACGAUGGAACAUAGUGAAGGACAAGCAUCUCGGCUUUAUAAAUCCUGACCGGAAAGGUGAAGAAUUACUGAGAGCACAGUAUGGCAGCAAUCAGUAUGCAUCACAAAAGGGUUUAACACCGAUUGGUGCAUCAAGAAAUCAGGUAUUAAAAGUAAAAUAUAAAAAAGACUGGGAGGUAAUACUUGAUAAACAAAGUGAAAAAGUUAUACCUAAACAAUCCGGUGAUUACGGGAUGGCUACGCAAUCUGGCGAGCGUUCGAUGGGCUCUCAGCGUAAUCAAGUGCCUAUUAUUAGAGGACGUUUACCACGAGAUCGACGCACGAAUGGUAUAUUAUGUUAUCAAUAUGGUACCAACAUAUUUGCUUCUCAGCAAGGAAUGAAUGCACCACCCGGUAUCGGUGCAGUUCGACAAGCUACCAUGGAAAUCGAAGGACUUGGUUUUACGGAGGAUGGUUUACGAAAGGGUAGUGCAUUUACGCCAUGGUAUUCGGGACAAAACAAAUUUGCCAGCCAAUCAGGUACUGGUGGCUUUUUGAAAGUACGCGAUGUACUACCAAAUUCGAAGGGUGGUAAAGAAAUUGACGAAGUGCUGAAAAUUAAAUCGGAGGGUAUAGUACCACUUCAGGCCGGUACCAACAAAUUUGCAUCUCAAAAAGGCAUGGCAGGCUUUGGAACACGAAGAAACGUUCUAUUAAAGCAAGGAUGGAAGAAAGAAUGGAUUAACGAGUAUGAGCAGGCGCUGCGUGAAUUUGAGGAAACUCGUCCACCUGGUUUGGCGUCUGUUGUUCAUUCAUCUCAUUACAAACAGGAAUUGAAAGGAAGGAGAGAAACGGAAGAAAUCGAGACCGAACAGGAAGUGGAAGAGAAGAAAAACAAUGUGGGAGAGGGAACGAUGAAAAAAUCAAUAGAAGAUGAAGAGGAGGAGAAAGAAAAUGAAAAGGAGGAAGAUGAAGGGGAUGAAGACGAAGAAGAUGAAGAAGAGGAAGAAAAUGAUAAUGAUGAAAGAACAGAGGAAGAUGAAGAGGAAUGA